AUGGCGACGGCUUCACCUCCAAAGCACCCUCAUCUCGGCGCCGUUCUCGUCACAGGUGGCUGCGGGUUUCUAGGACAUCAUCUCGUUCGCGCACUACUCGACAAUCCUUCUGUAUCCUCUGUGUCGGUUUUGAGUCGCAAUCCUCGCCAAAAUCGAUAUCCAGAGGUGUCAUAUUACGUUUGUGAUAUAACCUCCCGAGAGAAUGUGCAGACGCUUUUCAAGAAGAUCCAACCCCGUGUUAUUUUCCAUACAGCCUCGCCAUAUGCAUACUCAGAUCCGCCUAAUCCAGCACGUUUUCAGCGGGAGAUUGUUGAAGGGACAGCCAAUUUGCUUGCUUGUGCUAAAGAACUACCCUCCAUUACUUCUUUUAUCUAUACUUCUUCGAUCAUGGUGUAUGCCACGAAUGCGAAUAGAGAGUGUAUCAUGGCUGAUGAAGAGAGCGAUAUCCUUCAUGGGCCCGUUACAAGAAAGAAUGCCUACGAUGAAAGCAAAGCGACUGCAGAUACAAUGGUCCUUGCCGCGGAUGACCCCACACAUUUCAGAACGGUUUGUGUCCGAAUCUCUGGCAUAUAUGGCGAAGGGGAAUCAAACGACAGUGUUACCACGCGAGGAUUAAACAUGGUUUACUCUGGACGUGCUAAUAUACAACUUGGGGAUAACACGUCCCUCUUCGAUCCUAUCUAUAUCCACAAUGCUGUACACGGACACAUAUUUAUUGCGAACGCUUUGAUAGAUGAACUCGACGGACCUUUGAAAACAAAAUCUAACGGGAAAGUUCACGGAGAAGCAUUCAAUUUGUCUGAUGAUUCACCAAUACCCUUUUGGGAUUUUCUGGGCAAGGUUUUUGCGGAAGCAGGUUGUCCACAGACUCGCGAGGGGAAAACAGUCAUUCCAAAUUGGGCUGUCAUAGCAAUGUGUUGCAUAGCAGAGUGUAUGUAUUGGAUACUGUUUUUGGGCAAGCGAAGACCGAAGGAUUUCUUGCGAAAGAAGUUAGAGCACGUUUAUAGAACCCGUACUUUGAACAUCGAAAAGGCGAAGGGGAGGCUGGGAUGGUAUCCACCUAUUCCCAUGGACGAAGCAAUCAAGAGAAGCGUAUCGUGGUGUGUAGAGAAAAUGGGCAAAGCCAAAUCGAAUUAA